AUGAGCUUAAAACAUAAAAUGAAGGCUAACAUCUUGCGGGCGGCCAUUGACUGGUUGGUCAGCGAGCCGGGAACAUGCAACUUCUUCCACUACUCCGGUCAUGGCGGGCAAGUGAAGGAUCCUACCGGUGUCAAGCCCUCGGGCAUUUUGGACACGAUCUGUCCCGUGGACUUUCAGACAAACGGACAGAUUGACUCGGACACCCUGCACCAGCAUCUUGUGUCGCGCAUGCCGCCCAACAGCACCCUCUUUGCCAUCUUGGACUGCUGCCACUCAGGUUCCGCGCUCGAGCUGCCCUAUGUGUACAAGUCAGACGAUGAGGGCAAUGUCAGCAUGAUUGACAAUAUUCGCCAGGGAAUGCACCUCAUGGAAGAGGCGUCGGACUUGCUUGUUGGUGGGUUCAGCUUCAACAAGCUUGCUGAGGCGCAAGACCUCUACGCCGGCGCGACGUCCUUCUUCCGCUCCUUUAAGCACAUGGGCGAGGAGCAGCAAGCCGGUCUUGGCUCUGACGAAAUGCAUGCCCAGUAUGCGCAGGAGCACAAGACGGUGGCUAUGUUUUCGGGCUGCCGAGACGACCAAACUAGUGCGGACGCUAACAUUGGCGGUAUGAGCGAGGGUGCCAUGUCGUGGGCGUUUUUGGAAGUCAUGAAGCGAAACCAAAACCCGUCCUUUGUCGAGACUCUCCAGGAGACGAGAACUUGCCUGCGUCAAUCCAACUACGAGCAAGUGCCACAGCUAUCGGUGGGUUUGCAGAUGGAUCUGAACCAGCCUCUGUUUCUGUAA